AAAGAUUAGGUUUAGAAGAUAAGUGAUAACUUCUUCAGCUCUCUGCAACUCUCUCUGGCAAGAAUGGCUCCGGUACUGAGCAGAAGCUUGGCUACUGCCUCUCUUGCAUCACUCCCCACUUCAUCGCCCUUUACACAUAGAAACCAUCGGAGGGAUUUGACUCUCAGUAGUGCUUUCUUACCUCCAACUAGUUUUGGUAGAAAUGGCUUAUAUUGUGCUGGUUUGAAGUGGAAGCUCGAGAGAAGAAAUAAUGAGAUGGUUGUUCGGUGUGACGCUGCCGUCGCUGAGAAAGAGGAGGCCACCGAUGCUCCUGGUGAGAAGUUCGAAUACCAAGCCGAGGUCAGUCGCCUGCUGGACUUGAUCGUUCACAGUCUGUAUAGCCACAAAGAAGUUUUUCUUCGAGAACUUGUGAGCAAUGCGAGUGAUGCCUUAGACAAGUUGAGAUUCUUAAGUGUGACGGAACCUUCGUUGCUUGGGGAUGCUGGAGAGUUAGAGAUACGCAUCAAGCCAGAUCCAGACAAUGGAAUUAUUACUAUAACAGAUACUGGUAUUGGAAUGACUAAAGAUGAGCUUAUUGACUGUCUUGGAACAAUAGCUCAGAGUGGUACUUCGAAAUUUUUGAAGGCACUUAAGGAAAACAAGGAUCUGGGAGCUGAUAAUGGUUUGAUUGGUCAAUUUGGCGUUGGAUUUUACUCUGCUUUUCUUGUUGCUGAGAGGGUUGUUGUAUCCACCAAGAGCCCAAGAUCAGAUAAGCAAUAUGUGUGGGAAUCAGUAGCUGAUAGCAGCUCUUACACAAUAAGGGAAGAAACUGAUCCAGACAAGCUAUUGCGUCGUGGCACUCAAAUUACACUCUAUCUCAGAGCGGAUGACAAAUAUGAAUUCUCAGAGCCAACCAGGAUUCAGAAUUUGGUUAAAAAUUAUUCUCAGUUUGUUUCCUUCCCCAUCUAUACAUGGCAAGAAAAUUCACGAACUGUGGAGGUGGAAGAAGAGGAAGAAUCAAAAGAAGGGGAAGAACCUAAACCAGAGGGUGAGAAAAAGAAGGUAAAGAAGACUAAAACUGAGAAGUAUUGGGACUGGGAAUUGGCCAAUGAAACAAAGCCACUAUGGAUGCGGAGUUCAAAGGAUCUUCAAAAGGAAGAAUAUCAGGAGUUCUACAAGAAGACUUUCAAUGAGUUUGUAGAACCACUUGCAUAUACUCACUUCACCACAGAGGGUGAGGUUGAGUUUAGAAGCAUUCUGUACGUGCCUGGGAUGGGUCCUCUUAACAAUGAAGAAGUAAUAAAUCCUAAAACAAAGAAUAUACGCCUGUAUGUGAAGCGUGUCUUCAUAUCAGAUGAUUUUGACGGUGAGCUGUUCCCACGGUACUUGAGUUUCGUGAAAGGUGUGGUAGAUUCAGAUGACCUUCCUCUCAAUGUUUCCCGAGAAAUCCUUCAAGAAAGCAGAAUUGUAAGAAUAAUGAGAAAAAGACUUGUUAGGAAGACAUUUGACAUGAUUCAAGAUAUCGCUGAAAGUGAAAAUAAAGAGGACUACAAGAAAUUUUGGGAGAACUUUGGUAGAUUCAUCAAGUUAGGAUGUGUUGAAGACACUGGAAAUCAUAAGCGCAUAACACCUCUUUUGAGGUUUUACACUUCCAAAAGUGAGGAGGAGCUCAAAAGUUUAGAUGAUUAUGUGGAAAACAUGGGUGAAAACCAGAAGGCUAUCUAUUACCUGGCAACGGACAGCUUGAAAAGUGCCAAAACUGCUCCAUUCUUGGAGAAAUUAGUCCAGAAAGAUAUUGAGGUUCUUUAUUUGAUCGACCCGAUUGAUGAGGUUGCCAUUCAGAACCUACAGACAUACAAGGAAAAGAAAUUUGUUGAUAUUAGCAAGGAAGAUCUAGAAUUGGGUGAUGAGGAUGAGGUGAAAGAGAGGGAAACAAAGCAAGAAUACAAUCUGCUUUGUGAUUGGAUGAAACAACAGCUUGGUGAUAAGGUGGCAAAAGUUCAGGUCUCUAAGCGCUUGAGUUCGUCUCCCUGUGUGCUUGUAUCUGGCAAGUUUGGAUGGUCUGCAAAUAUGGAGAGAUUAAUGAAGGCGCAGGCUCUUGGAGACACUGCAAGUUUGGAGUUCAUGAGGGGAAGGAGAAUAUUGGAGGUUAAUCCAGAUCAUCCCAUUGUCAAAGACUUGAAUGCUGCCUGCAAGAAUGCACCUGACAGCAGUGAUGCUAAGAGAGCCGUUGAGCUCUUAUAUGAGACCGCAUUGAUCUCUAGUGGAUUUUCGCCUGACAGCCCAGCUGAGUUGGGAAACAAGAUUUAUGAAAUGAUGGCACUGGCCUUGGGAGGAAGAUGGGGUAGAUCAGAUGAGGAGACAGGGACCGUCGAAGCUGAUGCAAACACAAACGAAUCUUUUGAGGCCGAAGUGGUUGAGCCUUCUGAAGUGAGACACGAGAAUGAGCAUGAUCCUUGGACAACCGAUUAGGUGCACCCACAAAUUUUUGUUUUAGGUAUUGCUUGAGGAAAUCACGCAAAUAAUGAUGAAAAGUGAGAAAGGGGCAACUGGGUUAGUGUGCUUACAGAUUUUUGGUGUAGAAGUAAAUUUGUUCCUGGGGAAUUGUAAAUUCCAUCAAGGAAUGUGAGAUGUGGCUUUUCCCAGAGUCUCUUGAUCCACUUCUGCAUCAUUGAUUAUUUUAUUGAUUUGACAAAAGUAGCAAUAUACAGGUGAGGGUCCUCUACAUCAGGAUUAAUUACCA